AGGGCCUCCACCCUUCACACACAUAUAUGUAACGAAUAGAAUCCUCAUCAGCUAUCGUCCUAUAAUUCCAUAAAUAUGGAUCCUAUCACAAUCGCAGUUUAUAAUCACCAUCGCGCUUUGCUCCAAGCACUGAUUGAAGAAAACAAGCGGCUGCGUAUGCGAAAGAUUAUGCAUGAUUGCCUUGAUAACCCAGCCCUGCUAAACCAGCUCUCCCGGGAGCAGUUGCUGCGCUUGCUUCCUGUCAUUCACUCCAGCAUUGAGGAAGUGGAGAAGAGGCAGCAAGAACUCAUGGCCGCCUCCAAAACCAAGGAAGAAGAAGACCCGUCACCAUCAUCAUCAUCUGUUGUUGCUGAUGAUCAUCAUGAUGAAAAAUGAAAGUAUGAAAUGAAAUGCAUGCAUGGUUAAGGUUGUGUUUUUACUAAUAAGUUCACUUCAGGGGUCAUCUUAGUUCUUUUCCUUCUAUCUCUAUGAAUUGGAUCUCAUUUGUUCAAAAGAGAAAAAAUAAAUACAGAGUUAUUAUCAAUAAAGGGUUUUAAUUUCUUGAUGUUUUUUAUGGCUGCUCCUAUGAU